AACAGAGAAUGCAAUUUCUUGCUUUCUCUUCUCGUUUCGUGCGCGUUUCGUGUGUGUUGUACUUUUCCUCAUCGUCGUAGUUGUCGUCGUUGUUGAAAUUAAUAAUCUAUUGUUUUAACUUCUAUUUUAACGAAAAUUAAUAUCAAAACAACGAAUUUUUUUCUUCCUUGUAACUUGCCGACAACAUAAAAUCGUUUAAUUUGUGGAAAUGUGGCCCAAACGAAUAGCGAACAACGAAUUUUUCGCCGUGUGUCGGUUAUGAGUCGCGGAACAAACGAACAAAUCGACAAAUGAAAAAAUUAUCGAGUUAACUUUUAGGCGUAUAAAAACGCGAACGGUCAUCCUCAAGUUGCUAACGUACGACGUUAAGUGGCGUAGUGAAUUAGUGUGACGAACGAGCACAAAGGAAGCGCACGCCAGUUGCACAUAAUGCGUAAGUGUGAAUUGUGAACGGUUAACUGUUAAUUGAAAUGGCGUAAAUUGAAAGCGAUACAAACAUACGAAAUACGAGUGCUUACUUUGUGAAAUUGUCAAAUGCGCGCACACGCAGCAGCUGAAGCAUAUCUGCAGGCGGUGUAGCAAUGAUACGCACUUGUAGCAAAAUCAAAGUACAAUUUUUAAAUUAAAUUCAUAAUUUUGUUUGUGUUAUCAAAUUUGUUGAAGAUAGAUUAUACAUAUAUAGAAAAUGUGUGUCCAAAUAUGGCAAGUAAAAUAAGAUAUAAUUCGAUGUAACGCCUAUAAAGCCUAAAAGUAUACACGAUAAAACAAAAGAUUAUUUUUAAAAGUUGCAAAGCGAAUAAGAUUCUUAUGUAAAAAAGGCAUUCAAUAUAAAAGCGAAAAAAGCAAGCAAACGAGGGCCAUAGCUGCCUUUUUCGCACAAAGGCGCCCAAACUUAUAGCAGAGCAAUAACGCCUUGACGCCUUCACCACCUUUGACGGCCAGUGAUAUCCUACAACAUCAACAUAACUGAAUCGCAACGAAGUGAACUUAUCUUCAGUCAGCUGUCACGAUGGCCGAUAAAGCGGAUAAAGCGGAUAAAACUGAUAAAGCAGAUAAAGGAAAGGAAGCCCCCAAAAAUACGGAACAAAAGAACCAAGUCACCCGUGCCAUGCCCGAACAGAGCAACGACUAUCGUGUUGUUGUGUUUGGUGCCGGUGGUGUGGGUAAAAGCUCCCUGGUCUUACGUUUUAUUAGGGGAACCUUCCGCGAAACUUACAUACCAACCAUUGAAGACACCUAUCGACAGGUUAUAAGCUGCAAUAAAAACAUUUGCACUCUGCAAAUAACCGACACAACAGGCUCACACCAAUUUCCGGCUAUGCAAAGACUGUCCAUAACCAAGGGUCAUGCGUUUAUACUGGUCUACUCUGUUUGUUCGAAGCAAAGUUUAGAGGAGCUGCGACCCAUUUGGCAAAACAUUAAGGAUCUUAAGGGUCCGGACGUUGUCAACAUACCAGUCAUGUUGGCGGGCAACAAGAGCGAUGAAAGUGCCGAGCUGCGUGAGGUAUCAGAAGCUGAGGGGCAAGCACAGGCAACCACCUGGGGCAUAUCGUUCAUGGAGACAUCGGCCAAAACCAAUCACAACGUCACCGAAUUAUUUCAGGAGCUGCUCAACAUGGAGAAAUCGCGCGUUGUGUCACUGCAGUUAGAUGUUAAAAAGCAAAAGAAACAGAAGAAGGAGAAGAAAGGCAAAGAAAGUAACGGUGCCAUACCGGAAAACGGCGAUGGUGCAGCCGGUGCCAAGGAAAAAUGUCAACUUAUGUAAGGGUAGCCGGGAGGCAGGCGGGUACUAGUUAGAGGUAGCAAGAUGCAGGGGAUGUGGUGAAAAUGGUGUUACAGUUAGUGAAUGAAGGGCCGCCAGUGAAGCCAUGCUCCUACACGAAAUCCCCCAAAGUAGUACAACAAAAAUGCCACUACACACACAUAGUUAAGCAAAGUGAAAGCGUGUGACGGUGCUGUGAAGGAGUGUGGCUUGGUUAGGUUGUUGGCAAUUAUACUCGUUUUGAAUUCACUUCAAAUUAGCUUUAAAAUAAAA